AUGAAUGAACCCAUUGCCAUUAUCGGUAGUGGUUGUCGUCUAGCCGGAGGAUGCCAAUCUCCCUCCGAACUUUGGAAUCUUCUUCAAACCCCUUACGAUGUUUCUCAGGAGUUCCCCCCAGAUCGAACUUCUUCCUCACGCCAUGAUUCCUUGCCGCGAGGAUAUUUUCUCUCACAAGAUGUGCGAGAAUUUGAUGCAUCAUUCUUCAGUCUCAGUCCAUUGGAAGCACAAGCAAUGGACCCCCAGCACCGACUAUUGCUCGAGACAGUAUAUGAAGCUCUAGAGGAAGCAGGACUUCCUGCGGAGACACUGCGCGGCUCUGAUACCGCGGUCUAUACAGGAGUGAUGUUUCACGACUAUCUCUCACUCAGCAGCCAAGAUCACAUGGCCAUCCCCAAAUAUCAUAUCACCGGUACUGCCCCAAAUAAGGCGUCGAAUCGAAUUUCAUACUUCUUCGAUUGGCACGGGCCUUCAGUUACCGUUGAUACUGCCUGCUCAUCUAGUCUGGUAGCUUUAGACCAUGCAGUACAGCAGUUGCGGAGUGGCUCAUCAACUCUUGCUGUGGCAGCAGGGGCCAAUUUGCUCCUUGAUGGUCGUCCAUUUAUCGGUUUUAACAACAUGGGAAUGCUUUCCCCCACAGGAAGCUGCAAAAUGUGGGAUACCAAUGCCGACGGCUAUGCCAGGGGCGAAGGAAUUCUCGCGAUGCUAUUAAAACCGCUCCGACUUGCUCUGGCAGAUGGUGACAAUAUACAAUGUGUCAUCCGAGAGACUGGCGUUAACCAUAACGGACGAACUAGUGGAAUUACCUUGCCAAGCGCAUCUGCUCAGACAAAUCUCAUUCGAGAUGUUUAUCAUCGAGCAGGGUUAGACCCCACAAAACCUUCCGACCGACCACAAUAUAUUGAGGCCCACGGUACAGGCACUCAAGCGGGGGAUCCCUUGGAAGCUGAAGCUUUAGCCAUGGCUUUCUCACUCACAUCAUCACAGCCCGAUGAGGCGCAUAUGUUAGUCGGCAGCAUCAAAACUGUCAUCGGUCAUACAGAAGGAGCAGCCGGGCUAGCCGGAGUAUUGAAAGCAUCUCUGGCCAUACAACAUGGCGUUAUUCCGCCAAAUCUCGGAUUUCAACAAUUGAAUGAAAAGGUCGCACCAUAUUGUACCAACAUGAACGUGGCUACUAGCGUACAGCCAUGGCCCACGAUAGCAUCCAAUACUCCCCGUCGAGUAAGCAUCAAUAGCUUUGGUUUUGGAGGGACCAACGCCCAUGUCAUCCUAGAGUCUGUUCCGCUACGAGCUGAAAAUGAAUGUCGAAAGACAUCUCCGCUACCAACAAGUGGUUCUUCCCUUCCUUAUGUGUUUUCUGCUGCCUCAGAACAAUCUUUGAUUUCGAUGCUGAAACAGUAUGAGAAAUAUCUACAAGAAAACCCAUCCAUUGAUCCUACCGAGCUGAUUUCCACGCUGGCAUCCCGUCGAUCUCUUCUCCCAGUUCGUGUUCGAUUUCCCGCGUCUUCGAUCGCAGCUCUUCAACAAGCUCUUAAGGAUUCGCUGGAACCAGGAGUGAUUGGAUAUCAAUCCCCGCUGAAAGAAUCAAAAAUCCUUGGCAUCUUCACCGGUCAGGGUGCGCAAUGGGCCCAAAUGGGAGUUGGGCUUUUGGCUGCUCAUCCUAGCCUAAUUGUCUUCCUUGAUGAUUUAGACGAGGCUUUGCAAUCACUUCCGGAAGGAGAUCGCCCGACAUGGAGUCUUCGAGGAGAGUUGGAGCGGCCACCUGAGGAAUCACGAAUUAAUUCUCCUGAGAUUUGCCAGCCAGCCUGCACAGCCAUCCAACUAAUGUUUGGUCAUCUUUUACAGGAAUUUUGUGGUAUCUCAUUCUCUGCAGUCGUUGGCCAUUCAUCUGGAGAAAUUGCCGCAGCAUAUUUCGCCGGCUUUUUGCGCUCAGCUGACGCUAUCCGAAUCGCGUUUUAUCGAGGUCUACAUGUAGCCCGAUUCAUAUCAUCAUCUAAUCAGGAGGGUCGGAUGUUGGCCGCAGGACUGUCCCAGGAUGAAGCAGAGGAAUUGUUGGUAGCUACCGAAUUCCAGGGCAGGUUAUCCCUUGCGGCUAUAAAUUCUGCAUCUAGUGUAACUCUCUCCGGUGAUGCAGAUGCCAUAGAGGAGGCUCAAGCCCAGCUAGCGAGCCGCAAGAUCUUCAACCGAAUGCUCAAUGUUGAAACCGCAUAUCACUCACAUCAUAUGUCAAAAUGCUCCUCGGCAUAUCAGGCUUCGCUUGAAGAAUGUCAAAUUGGAGUAUUGAACCCUUCGAGCGAUGCCCCCUGUUGGUACUCAAGUGUCCAAUCAGGAGAAUCAAUUUCUUCUGUAGGGUCGGACAAAUUGGGAGCGUCCUACUGGGUUGAUAACUUGGUGAAUCCAGUAAUGUUCCAUCAUGCCAUUCGGAACGCGGUAUCCCUCCAACCUGAUAUCAACUUCUGUCUAGAAGUUGGUCCUCAUCCCGCUUUGAAGGGUCCCGCCAUGCAGACGAUAACAACUGUGCGGAAAAAUCCCCCUCCAUACUCUAGCACUCUCAACCGAGCCAAGACUGAUCUAGUGGCAUUUUCGGAAUGUGUCGGGGACUUGUGGGUACAUUUGGGAAGUGCAAGAGUUCCACACUUUGAAGCUUUAGAAAAUACAAAGCUAUCACUCGUUGGCCUCCCAACUUAUCCCUGGGACCAUCGAAAUAGCUUCUGGCUGCCACCACCUUCAAUCAGCUCGACGAAGGGCAUUUGGAAUCAGCAAACGUCUCAAAAACGUGUCAAUAGUCUACUAGGAUACAAGGUUGGCGAUGGUGACAUUGGCACAACGUAUCGUUGGUCUAAUGAUCUGAGAGUUGACCAAUUGAGCUGGCUCAGUGGUCAUACACUAGAAGGUCAAAUCAUUUUUCCUGCCACGGGCUAUAUUGCAUUGGCCUUGGAGGCUUGUAGACAGUUUGCCACCGGGCAAUCCAUUCAGAUUAUUACUCUGAAGGACGUCAAGUUUCUUAAAGCCCUUCGCAUUGAUGAAGCCUCAGGGGCCAACAUCACUGUCACCAUGAUUAUGUCGCAGAACGAGGAGUCUGUCAUACAGGCGAAGUUGAGUGUUGACAUUCCUCCUACGGAAGAUGACGGGAAAUUUUCUACUGCUGCCACUAUGGACAUUAUGCUCGAGAUGGGCUCCCCGGUCGAUGAUCUCUUGCCUGGUAGAGCUCCUUUCUCCUCUACCAUGACGGACCUUGACCAUACCAAAGCAUAUGACCAUCUAGCCAAGUUGGGCUACGAAUAUACAGAAUUGUUUCAACGCGUUCGCGGGCUUCGUCGAUCUCUGGGACAAUCGAUCGCGGAGAUUGACUGGGAUCAUAUGGCGGACAAUGAAUACGUUCUUCACCCAGCCUUACUAGACAAUGCCAUUCAGGUUCUGUUCUCUGCCUUUACAGAUCAUCACGAUGGGAGUAUGUGGAAUCUUUACAUGCCAGUAUCUGUUGAUCAGGUGACCCUGGACUUUUCUCUCUCCUGCCUGGGGCGUGAAGGGACAUUCAGCGUGGACAGCUUUUUGCGCAAGGCCGACAGUAGCGGUAUUUGCGGGGAUGUCACUCUUUUCAACUCCUCUGGGCAAGGAAUUAUCCAGAUGGAAGGACUUAACACCAUGCCUGUGUCGCCUGCUACCGAGAACAAUGACCUAGUGCUCUUUUCAGAAACAGUUUGGGGAGUUUCUGAGCCUAACGGCGAACUAGCGCUGGGAACUCGCCGGGCUUCCCCUGAGACUCUAACAAAGACUCUCGAAUGGGAGAGAGUUUCAUUGUAUUAUCUUCGACAGAUCGGCCACAAAUUUAUCGAUCAGAAGACAGGCGAGAGGAUCCGAACAAUCGAAAUUGAACCUCAUCAUGGCGCCUUCCUGGACUACUGCUAUUGGCUUGAAGAAACUGUGCGUGUAGGAAAACAUCCUUAUGCGUCACCAUCUUGGUUAUCUGACACAGAAAAAGAGAUUGAGCAGAUUUGUUGCCAAUACUCCGAUGAAGAUAUUGAUUUCCGAUUGAUCAAGAUGGCGUUCGAGGUUCUUCCUCCAGUCAUCAGGAAAGAUACCACAAUGCUACAAAGCUUCAUGGCGGAUGAUGCUUUAAGCGACUGGUACCAGAAUAGCAUGGUCUGCGCCCCAGCUGAGGAACCUCUAGGGGAAAUUAUCUCCCAGAUCUCGCAUCGCCAUCGAGGUUUGAAUGUACUUGAGAUUGGAGCGGGCACCGGUUGUGCUACAAGAUCAGUGCUACCAGCAUUAGGGUCGUCUCUUGCUCGCUACACAUUCACUGAUGUGUCAGUUGGUUUCUUCGAGAAGUCCGCACAGCAAUUCUCCAAGUACGCCGAUCUUAUGGAUUUUAAGACCUUCGACCUCGACCAAGAUCCCAUGGAUCAAGGGUUCAUUGAAGGUACCUAUGACUUGGUAGUUGCAUACGCCGUUCUGCAUGUGGCAUCAUCUCUUAGUGAUGCUUUAAGGCGAGUCCGACGCUUAUUGAAACCUGGCGGCUUUCUGGUACUUGCCGAGGUCCUAGGAGAUGGACCAAUGGCUUUGGGCUUGAUUUUCGGAGGAUUUACCGGCUGGUGGGCAGGUCGAGAGGAGGGACGUCGAUAUUCACCAACCGUCUCGCUGGAGGCAUGGCAGGAGGCCCUAGCCACCACCGGCUUCUCCGGCGUUGACACACACACUCCGCUCAAGGAUCCUAUCACAUGGCCUAUCAGUGUCAUGGUUUCUCAAGCAGUUGACGAUCGGGUUCAAUUGCUCCGUGAGCCACUCUUAUCAAGCGAGCCAGUACUGGAGGAUUUGAUCAUUGUCACCGAUCUCAACUUUCCAUCCCGUGAUACCAUGCAACUCCUGAAGGAAUUAUUGGCUCCUCAUGCGAGCCGCAUUACUCAUUUUAAUUCCCUGGCUGAAGUGGAUGGCAUGCCUUUGCCAACCAAAGCUACCGUACUUAAUUUGGCUCAUCUGGAGAUUCAACCAUCUGAAGAGGCAUGGCGAGGGCUUCAAAACCUUUUGGGAACGGCUCUACAUAUGCUUUGGGUCACGGAUGAUUACUUAAGUGGAAAUGCAUCAUCUGGGCUGUCCACCGGUUUGGCUCGUUCUUUGUUACAUGAAAUGCCUCAUUUGCGUCUGCAGAUGAUUGACCUGAGUCACGAAGCAAAACCUGACAUGGUGGCAUCAUUAAUUGCAAAUAAUCUUCUACGUUUGGCGAAAGGUCGCGAUGACGAUGAACUCUGGACCAUGGAACCUGAGAUGGUUAUUGAUGCAAUGAGUCGGGUCCUGGUUCCACGUCUACAACCCCUGAAAAAGGCCAACUACCGGUUGAACAGCUGGAGGAGGAAGAUCACCACUCCGGUUCAUGUGGAUGAAGAUGAGACUGAGUUGAAGUGGGAGAAUAAUGACUUUAUGAUGGUUGCGAAAGGUCCCCUUCACUCCUAUCAACGCAGUUCUCGUGUCAUUCGCACGACACGCUCAGCACUAGCAGCCAUACCUCCCCAUAAUUUUCCAGUUUAUCUUAACCAGGGCGUAGAUAUCUCUUCGGGAGAAGUGAUUGUCGCCGCUUCUGACACCUUGUCAUCUAUCCUAACUGCCCCGAUAUCUCUUUCAAUUCCUGUUGAUCUUGAGACCUCCACCCACCCACAAUACCUGGAUCUUCUGGCUACCCACCUGUUGAUUAAGUCCAUUGUCGAUAGAAUUCCCCCCAGAAAUCGUGUUUUACUUUAUGCCGGUGACUCUGCUGCAGCGACCUAUGAAAAGUUUUGGUCAUACCACUUGCAUGCAAAACAAUUUCAAGUACACUAUGUGACUGGAACGAAGGAUUUGGCCACAGCGUUAUGGCAAUACUGUAAUCCACAGGCUCCAAAACGACUCAUUACAUCAACUCUGCCCAAAGGAAUUGACACUUUCAUUAAUCUCUCAGAAAAGGAUGCUGCGGCUAAAGUGCUAGACUCUCUGCCCCUCCAUUGCCAGCAAUUCACGUUUCCUUCGGCGAUUACGGCUACAUCUUCAAUUCCUUCCCUUCAGCCAAUACAAGACAUGACUGAGCUGCUUACAAGUGCUCAUGACGCUGUUCGAAAGUAUAUCGAAUCAGAUCUUACCGUCCAACUUCCGGAGUAUAGCAUCGCAGAGCUACUCAACCGCAAGCCCAAGGAGUUUUCUAGCGUCCCGAUCGUAAAUUGGUCGUGCCCGACCCCACUACUUGCUGAUUAUCAAUCGAUAGAUAUAUCACAGCAUAUUCUGCGCCCCGAUCGGACAUACUGGCUUGUUGGAUUGACGGGAGAUCUGGGACAGUCUCUUUGCGACUGGAUGGUAUUGCACGGUGCUCGAACAAUUGUUCUUACCAGUCGACAAGUUCGCAUGCCCACUGACUGGGUCCACAAACAUCGGAAUGAUGGAGUCAACAUUGUUCCUCUAGCAGGUGAUGUUACCAGUUUGGCCUCUUUGAAAGAGAUACACACCGUCAUCACAAACGAACAUCCCCCUCUCAAUGGCAUUGCCAGCGGUGCAAUGGUGAUGCGCGAGAAUUUCUUCCAAAAAACAACUGCGGAAGAAUUCAGUCAGGUCGUCGAGCCCAAGGUACGGGGUCUACAGAACCUAGAUGAUCUGGUUGGCGACCAACCCUUGCUAUUUUUCAUCGCCUUCUCUUCAAUUCUAGCCACACUAGGUAAUCUCGGGCAAAGUGCCUACACUGCCGCUAAUGUAGCAUCUGAGGCACUGAUCGUGGGCCGGCGGCAGCGCAAGCUGGCUGGCUCAGUGAUCCAGAUCUCCCGCAUGACAGAUGUUGGAUAUGUGAAGCGACAACGAUCAACAUACUCGGCACAGGAAAUGGAACGAUUGGAUGCAUACUGUCUGCCCAUGGGCGAGCGACAGCUACACGCCUUAUUUGCUGAAGGGAUUUUGGCUGGUCGACUGCCGUGCAACUCCAUGCCUGUUGUCACAGCGGGAAUUCCCAAAAUCUCAACUGAUAAAGCGGAGAAUGCGGCUUGGAUGAAGAAUAUUCGGUUCUCGCGCUACUGGGAGCAGAAACCGUUGCACCAGGAUGAUCGAGUUGAAAAGAAAGCAGGCAAUGCCUCGAUUCGAAUUCAAUUAUCAGAAUCUAAAUCUACUGAUGAAGCAGAAGUAAUCGUCAGGGAUGGUGUCACCACCAAGAUCCGAACAUGUCUCCAUCUCCCAUCUGAUCAGCCUGUUGCAGAGCAUGCAGCUCUGAUCGACCUUGGGGUGGAUUCGUUGGUUGCCGUUGACAUCCGGGCGUGGACGAUGACCGAGCUGGGGGUUGAUAUACCUGUUUUGAGGCUUUUAUCUGGCAUGACGGUGGAUGAGAUUGUCUUGGAGGUUAUCCAGAAAUCAUAA